GGAAGGGUUCUGAGGUGACGGAAAUGACGGAGUUUGUUUAACAUAUCUCUCUUAGCAACGGAGAUUGUGUUAGAACCGCCGCAAAAGGAAUACAACAGCAGCGGAAUUUGUUCAGUAGGAGGUGUCUUACUGCUACUCUGUCCUCACAACAAAUAAAAUGCCAGUUGCUUACGCAGUGGAAAAGGGCAACCAGAAACUUCUAGCGGCAAGUUAUCAAAGACCCAAGAAGGAUCAUAGAGUAACUGAAGGUUUCACAGUGAAAGCCAUGAUGAAAAAUUCCAUUGUGGUUGGUCCUUCAUCUGCAGGAUCUUUUCGAGAGAGACCCAGUGGACCUACAGCUUUUCGCAAGUGCUAUAAACGAGGUGAUUUCCCUAUUGCCCUGGAACAUGGUUCACAUGGAAAUCGAAUAGCCUGGAAGGUGGAGAUUGAGAAAUUAGACUACCACCAUUAUCUGCCUCUGUUCUUUGAUGGUCUCUGUGAUACUACGCACCCAUAUGACUUCUUUGCACGGCAGGGGAUACAUGACAUGCUGGAACAUGGUGGCAUGAAGAUUCUUCCCGUUAUCCCUCAGCUAAUCAUCCCAAUAAAAAAUGCACUCAACACUCGGAACAAGCAAAUCAUUUGCACCACGCUGAAAGUGCUCCAGCACCUGGUUGUGUCAGCUGACAUGGUGGGCGAGGCCUUGGUGCCUUAUUACCGUCAAAUCCUCCCCGUCUUGAAUAUCUUCAAGAACGUGAAUGUCAAUACAGGAGAUGGCAUUGACUACAGCCAACAGAAAAGAGAAAACAUUGGAGACCUGAUUCAGGAGACUCUGGAGAUCUUUGAGCUGUAUGGAGGAGAAGAUGCCUUCAUUAACAUCAAGUACAUGAUCCCAACUUAUGAGUCAUGUAUUUACAACUGAACCAAAUAAACAGGUCUGAAGAAGCAUGUUGUAUUAAUUUAUGUAAGUAGGAAUUAUGUAAGACUAAAUGCAUCAAUUACACCAUCAAAUAACAACAGCUGUGUUCUUGUUUCCUUUAUUGUUUCUCAACAA